AUGGCGGUGAUGGACUUCCUAGUCAUCGUGGCGGCAGUGAUAUUAAGCCGUCUUCCAGCUCUUUAUUUCCCCGUUAGUUUGCUAUCCACCACUCCCGGCUGUAGCCUCGUUAUUGCGUUCAGUUGGUUUUCCAAGGACACUUCCGCCUGGUUAACGGUGGCGUUCACCUUCGAUCGAUUCAUCGCCAUUUGCUGUCCGCAUCUGAAAGUCCGAUAUUGCACUGAGAAAAUCGCGACUGUCGUCAUCGGAACGGUGUGUGUGUUGUACUGUGUAAAAAAUGUGCCCUUCUUUUUUACAUAUGAACCUGCGUAUGUGUUGGAUAAUAUACCUUGGUACUGCAGCAUAAAGGAUGUCUAUUAUACUUCACUUGCAUGGAAGAUAUAUGACUGGCUGCUCUAUAUGGUAAACCCAUGUGUACCGUUCGUGCUAAUUUUGCUUCUCAAUGUUUUCACGGUCAGGCACAUUCUAGCGGCCAGUGGAGCCCGCAAGAGAUUGCGCGCUCAGAGCCAUGGAGAUAAACAGAAUGACCCAGAGAUGGAGAGCAGGAGAAAGUCCAUCAUUAUACUAUUCGCCAUUUCGGGCAGCUUCCUGCUUUUGCGAUUCACCAAUGUUGUGAAUUUUGUAAUGGUGCAAUUUUUAAUCAAAAAUUAUGCGAACAAUUCCAAUUCCACCAACCCAAUGUUCAUACUGCAAGAAAGCGGCUACAUGAUGGAACUUCUCAGUUCAUGCACCAACACGUGCAUUUAUGCGGGUACACAGGCUAAAUUCAGAGAACAGUUGAAGAAUCUCGUCAAAUGUCCCUUCAAGGCAAUUUGCAAUCGAUUCAAACGAUAG